GAGGGGCGGCACCCGGCCGGGCGGGAAGGGCCGCGGGGCAGCGGCUGUGGCGGGGCCCGGACAUUGGGGAUUCCUGUCGGAAGCGCUGAGCCCCCGGUCUGAGUGGCCGCGUGUCGGUAGCGCUGCGUUGUCCACGGGACGAGCGGCGCCUCCGUGCCACUGAUACCCUGGGGCGGCCGGGAUGGAGCGAACGCACCGGCUGGAGCUGUUCCCUGGCCGCAGUGUCACGCUGCUCCUCUUCCAGCACGUGAAAAAUGCCGCUGCUCUGCGGAAAAAAGCCAUGGAAGGAUCCAUUGACGGAGCACUGAUAAACCCCGCGAUGAUUGUAGAUCCUUUUCAGAUUCUUGUGGCAGCCAACAAAGCAGUGCAUCUACAGAAGAUAGGUAAAAUGAAGACCAGAACACUCUAUGCAGAAAUUAUUUUCAGCCUUUCACCAAGCAACAAUAUUUCAGAUGCAUUUAAAAAGUUUGGCAUUUCAGACAGCGACACAGCAGUACUCAUUGUGCUGGUUGUGGAUGGAGACAAGACUGUAAAUCUGGCGGAUAUAGCAUCUCAGGUGGAAGGCGAGCAGGUUUCCCUAGAUGAGCUCCCCCAACUAACAGACACUGCCAAAGUUAAAAAGGUGUACAAAGUUACUCCACAGGAAGAAAAAAUCGGCACCUUAUUGGAUAGUGUUGUUUGCAGAAUGUCAACAAAAGAUGUUUUGUGAAAAUGUGGAAAUAAAUUUCAGAGGAAGUGA